AUGGCUCCCGGCGGCGCUGAUCGCAAAACAGAAAAGUCUUACCUGUCGUCUGCUGUCGACUCUAUCAAUCCGUGGGCCGUUAGUCGGAGCUCGACGCCGACACCAACCCCCAAGGAUCCUCCGCAGCAGCCCGUGCCGGUCCCGAACUCUCGUCCCGGCGAUCACAGCAUCACCCACUUAUACGGCCAAAGCAUCAAAAGUUACCCCGUCGACUGUCCUCCACUGAACGUCCUGUGGUACCACGCAACCGAUGUUCCCAAGCGGAAACCCCAAUUCCUCCGAGACAAAUCCAAACCCGUCGAUGAUGCGAAGCCCCAGCCUCAACCAAAGAAGUUCCUCCCGUUUUCAAAGCUAGAUUCACGCGCAAUCGAGACUGCUUACCAGCGCCUGCUUGAGGAUUCUGAGAAAAGGAGAGGGGAGCGGUCGUUGCGGAACAUCUCGUCGAGCUCGCGACGUGGACGUACGAAGACCGAUGAAGGGAGCGUUCACAGCAGCCUGGAGACCAGUCCCGAAGGGGCUCAGACCCCAAAAACACGAGUUCCCGUGAACGAGGACUAUCUUUUUGACGUCGAUAUCGAGAACAGAGAGCUGGCCCCCGUCUACUGGCUCGGUCCAGUCUACGAGGUCCGACGCGGUACAUGGUUCUACGAAGAAGGCUCGUCUUUGCGGCCAUGUGAGGAGAACCUGGCCUCGCAGCUGGAGGAGGGUUACCUCAGGGUCAAGCCCUGGACUUAUCCCAAGCCACGAGUCCGCAGUGACUCGAAGAACAAGGACGUGAAGAACAAGGAUGUGACUCCAAAAGCAUCCGUCGAGAAUCUCAAGGCCGCCGCUUCGACAACUCCGCCCACAGAGAGCGGUAAGCUCACAGGACCGCCUAACCAGCACCAGCCGUCAUCCCACCGCUUGUUCGGUGCCUGGAUGAACAGCAUCGCGACUUACCAGGGCGCAAACACGGCAUGGCUCACGUCAGACAGCAUGCUCUCGUGGGUGACCUCAACGAUGUAUGAAAGGUUCUCGGGCGGAGGUUUUAUGAGCGGCGUCAAACUGGUCAGGGGCUACUCCGAUGUAGCCAAAGCCAAAAAAGAGAAGCAGCCAGCCACGCCGACCGAUCCCACAGCUACCCCCCAGCUAGACGAGAAACAACAAAAGCUACUCAAGAGGAGGUCUGCGCCGCCCUCUUCCCGGCCUUCCCAGUCCAACGACGACCUUUCGCGUACUGAAGAAGAUGAUAGUAGGGAGAACUCCCUCCAACAGCAAAUCUCGUCGCUGAUGGAGGGGGCCGAGCGGAAUCAGGAGGAGCAGGAAGAAGAGAUUCGGAAGCGUGAGGAAAAGGAGAUCGAAAACGACUACAACGGCCAGCUUGGCGAAACCCAAGGACGAGAUAUCGAGCACUUGGUGCUCGUCACGCACGGGAUCGGCCAGCUCCUCGGCAUUCGCAUGGAAAGCGUCAACUUUGUCCACGACGUCAAUAUCUUACGCAAAAACAUUAAGUCGGUGUACUCUAGCUCUGCGGAUUUACGGGCUCUGAACUCGGAACUCGAAGAUGGUCCGAGAAACUGCCGCGUGCAGGUUCUGCCUGUGUGCUGGAGACAUCUUCUCGAUUUUCCCAAGAGGCGGGAGAAGAAGAACGAGCGAGAUAUCGGCGACGGUGCUUUAGAUGAGGAUGACUACCCUUCCUUGGAGGAUAUCACCAUUGAAGGCGUAGCUUUUGCCAGGUCUCUAAUUUCAGACCUUGCGCUCGACGUCCUGCUUUACCAAAGUGCCUACCGGGAACAGAUUUCAGAGAUUGUUUUGAAAGAGUCGAAUCGCAUCUACAAACUGUUUCUCGAACGGAACCCGGAAUUCAAGGGAAAAGUCCAUAUCGUUGGCCACUCUCUCGGCUCCGCCAUCAUGUUUGACAUUCUUUGUCGGCAGAAGGAGAAAUCUAGAGGGCCGGAGAGUCCUAGGAAUCCCCUCCGGUUCUGGCCAGCACAGGAAAAGUCCCAGGGCCCCCGAGACCGGGAGGCCAACGAGCUGCGGUUCGAGUUCGAUGUGGAGGACUUUUACUGCCUGGGAUCGCCGGUGGGCUUGUUCCAAAUGCUCAAGGGGCGGACAAUAUCGGCUCGUCAUCUCCCGAAUGCUCGCCCGUCAGAGAGUCCUCUGAAUCCAGACUUGAUAGACGACCCCUUUCUCACAGCGGGGCCGUCAUCUCCAACCCAUCGGGUCUCUGCCAUCACCGGGCUUCCUUAUUCCGUGUCGUCGCCCAAGGUAUCGCAGCUUUUCAACGUCUUCCACCCCUCGGACCCCAUCAGUUACCGACUUGAGCCCCUGAUUUCGCCUGCCAUGUCGUCACUAAAACCGCAAGUGUUGCCGUACACCAAGAAGGGCAUAUUUGGCAAUGUUGCUCAGCAGGGCCUGUCGGGCAUCGGCAUGAAGGUCGGCCAGAGUGUCAGCGGGCUGUGGUCUAGCUUAAGUGCGGGAAUCGCGAGCAAUUUGCUGAACCGCAGUCUUGGCCUCAGCAACGAAGACGUGGCCAAGAUGAACUCGGCGAAUGCGGCACAACAAGUGUCCGGGGCAGGAACGAACAUUGCAGAUAGCGGCGUCAUCUCGGACGUGUCGAAGCUGGAAGCAAAGACCAACGAGCGCAAGAAGCAGCUCGCCGACUCCAAAGCCAUGGUCGGCCGCACCAGCAUCAGCGGCAACGAGAUGACACUGAUCGACGACGAGCUGGAAACUCUCUACGCCAAGUUCCAGGAGAAGCGUGUGGAUCUGGCCAAAUCAGACGACGACGGCGGCAGGGCGGAUUGGGUCGAGGCAGAGCGUAAGGCGCAGAAGCUCCGGCGGGAGGAAAUGAAGGUCCGGGCCCUGAAUCGCAACGGGCGCGUGGACUACAGCAUUCAAGAGAGCGUUCUUGACUUCAACCCCAUGAACACGAUAGCCUCGCACAUGAGUUACUGGUCCGACGAAGACGUCAGCCACUUCAUCCUCUCCCAACUUCUCUCUAAUAGAUCGCGGACAGACCGUAGAUAA